UAGGGUUUUUUUAUUUGCAAAUAUGAAAAUUAUAUCUCAAAAAUCAAGAAACGAAUAUAAUUAGCAUCUUAAACAAGGAAUCACACCCAUUAACAACAGAAGUAAAAUCAACAUUUUUACCAAGGGACUUGCAUCUCUUAUUUAUAUUAGAAAAUGAAUUUGCACAAGUAAAAUAACAUCUUCAAUAGGGGAAUUACACCAAUAAAAAAAAAAAAUAGAAAAACUCUUCAAUAGGUAAAUGCACCCCAUAAGUAAAUGUAGAAUUAGAUAAACCACAAGUUCUCAAAAAUAAAUCAUAAAUUUCAUGAUUUUUCUAAGCAGUGCUUAUGAAGUUUCCAUCACAAUUUAAGUAGUAAAGUGAUUUAAAUUGAAUUUAUCAAUAAUUGAAGAACCAAAAGUACAAUUAUCCAGGGAAAAAACUAUAUUUACAUCAUUUAUCAAAUAGUUAUGACGUAUUUUAAUUUCAAAUCCUUUUAUAUAUAUAUAUAUAUUACAGUAGUUUCUCACAUAUUGGGUUACCUAUUCAAGAAGAAAACUCUGAGAUAUAACCAAAAGAAAAGGGUCUAUAGACAAAAGAAAGGCAUGAAAAUAAGUUAAGGUAUAUCUAAAUUGAAAGAAAACGGCCUCUUAAGCAUCUCAAGAAAAGUCUCUUCUCAAUUUUUAUUUUGUGUGUGUAUAUAUAACCAAUAUAUUCAAUAUCUUCUCUACAAAAAACUCAAAAAACAAGAAAAGAGCCUUUAUAACCAUACAAAUUCUCAUAUUAGCCAAAGAAACAGAGAAAACAAUGGAUUCAAAGGGAGCUGCAGCUGCUGUACCAACACAAGUUUAUGAAGAUUUUGUGCCAACAACAGAGUUGGUGCAAGAACAAGACUCUGAUACUCAUCUACUUAAUCUCACAGGUUUCAAAAAGGAACAAGUGAGGGUUCAACUGACAGGAACAGCAAUUCUGAAGAUCAGUGGACAAAAGCCAGUUGUUAGGCAGCUUAGGUUCCAGAAAGACUUCCCCGUUUCAGAAAAUUGCGACAAAACAAAAAUCAGUGCAGAAUUUGAAAAUGGCAUCCUUUAUGUUAAACAACCAAAACUGAUAACUUCAUCAGAUAAAAAGGAUCAGGAACCGCCAACCGCCAAUGCUCAACAGCCCAAAAAACCAGCAGACGAGCCACAACCUCAAAAGAAAGAUGAAGAACAAGCAAAAGGCCAAAAAACAACACCACCAACAACAAAAGAAUUGCCUAAGCAGCAGGCUAAUGCGGACAAGCCGGAAAUAGAAGAAACUGGUGAGGAAACUGCUACUAAUAUCACAGCACAAGAUAGAAAUAGACAAAAUUAUGAGUGUAAACCUGAAAAUGAUGCAAACACAGGAAUUGCAGCGCUGGCUGAGAAGCUGAAGAUGCCAAGGAAAGUGAUGAAUAUGAGUCUGAUUGCUCUUUUGGUUCUUGGAAUUGGCCUCUAUGUCAGCCAUAUGAUGAAGUCCGCCAUUACAAAGUUCACGAAUUAAGCUUUUCGUCCAUUAAUCUAAAACUAUAAGUUGGGAUAUUUGCAUUCCUCCCAGCUCAUGUCAGUCUGAAUGAAGAACUCACUGACUACUCCCCUUUCUCAUAGCAUUGCUGAAUUGUAUACAAGAAACAUUCGAUUCAAAAGUUCAUAUGAAUAAAAUAUGACUUAUACUAAGGUGUUCUGAUAUA